GCGCUUAUUUUAAGAAAUCAAUCACACCAACCACAAACACAAGCACACCCAAGAGACCUAAAUUCUCACUGCAGUGUACCAAAGGAAUUAAUGUGACACAAGCUUGUCCAAGAACUUACCCUACCACACACGACCCAACAAAUCCUAGCCGUCCAUCCAAUCUCACAUGCCCAUCAUACUUCCGAUGGAUCCACGAAGAUCUACGGCCAUGGAAAAAGACGGGAAUCAUGAGGGACAUGAUAGAGAAGGCCCGCAGGACUGCACAUUUUAGGCUCUUCAUCGUGGACGGCAAGGCUUACAUAGAGAAGUAUACACAAUCCUUUCAAACUAGGGAUAUGUUUACGUUAUGGGGCAUUUUGCAGCUUCUAAGGGUGUACCCCGGUAGAUUGCCUGACUUGGAACUCAUGUUUAACUGUGGUGAUCUACCCGUCAUCCCAUCAAAGGACUUUCGGGGCCCGAAUGCUGGCCCGCCGCCGUUGUUUAGAUACUGCGGGGACGAGGGGAGCUUGGAUAUUAUGUUCCCAGAUUGGUCUUUUUGGGGCUGGGUUGAGACCAAUAUAAAACCAUGGAGAAGUCUAUUGCCAAGCAUAAAAGAAGGCAAUAAAAGAACUAAGUGGGAAGACAGGGUGCCCUAUGCUUACUGGAAAGGUAACCCAAAUGUGGCUCGAACCAGAAUGGACCUUCUCAAAUGCAAUGUCUCGGACAAAAAUGACUGGAACACACGCCUAUAUAUUCAGAAUUGGGUGCAAGAAUCUAAACGAGGGUACAAGGAUUCAAACCUAGAAAACCAGUGCAAGCACAGGUACAAAAUUUAUAUAGAAGGACGGGCAUGGUCUGUAAGUGAAAAAUACAUCAUGGCAUGUGAUUCUAUGACCUUGUAUGUAAGGUCUCGCUAUCACGAUUUCUUCAUUCGAGGCAUGGAGCCAUUGCAGCACUUUUGGCCUAUUAGGGACAACAGCAAGUGCACUUCUCUCAAGUUUGCUGUGGAAUGGGGCAAUAAUCACAAAGACAAGGCGAAGGCGAUUGGGGAGGCUGCGAACAACUUCAUACAAGAAGAUCUAAAGAUGGACUAUGUGUAUGAUUACAUGUUUCAUGUGCUAAAUGAAUAUGCGAAGCUCUUGAAAUUCAAACCAACUAUACCUCCCAAUGCAGUGGAACUGUGCUCAGAAAAAAUGGCAUGCCCUGCAACUGGUACAUGUAAGAAGUUCAUGGUAGAGUCUAUGGUGGAGUCUCCAAGUGAUGAGCUCCCAUGCACUCUGCCUCCGCCGUAUGAUCCUCUGGCUCUCCACGAUUUUCUUGAGAGAAAGGCUAACUCAACUAGGCAAGUGGAAGCUUGGGAAAAUGAAUAUUGGCAAAGUAUUGAAAAAAAGCAAUAGGAGCUUUUUUUUACCAUGGGUUCCAUAGGCCAUGACUUGUAAUUUUAUAUGUCCUAGACUGGAAAGAAGAGAUCUGAACACAAGCAUUCAAAGCUUGCUACAAAAUCAAUGGCUCUCUACUGGU